UCGGCACCUCGGCGUGACGUCACAUGCGGAUGUGUAAUGGCCGCUGUGUCUGAGGCAGCGCUGGACACCAUGAAGACUUUUCAGUCCGGAUACGAAAAAAUCGACCGAGAAACGAGUCGCUAUCCGUUCUGUAUCGUGUGGACUCCCAUCCCCGGGCUGACAUGGUUUCUGCCGUUUAUUGGUCACAUGGGAAUUUGUACCUCUACAGGAGUGAUCAGAGACUUUGCAGGCCCUUACUUUGUGUCUGAGGACAACAUGGCAUUUGGAAAACCAACAAAGUUCUGGAAGUUGGAUAAGAACAAAGUGCAUGGUGGAGGUCAGAGUGUGUGGGACACUGCAGUACACGACGCCUCAGAGGAAUACAAACACAGAAUGCACAAUCUCUGCUGUGAUAAUUGUCACUCUCACGUUGCCAUGGCGCUGAAUCUGAUGCAUUAUGACAACAGCACGUCGUGGAACAUGGUCAAGCUUUGUGUCCUGUGCUUCAUCUACAGCAAACACGUCAGCUUUGUUGGGUUUCUGAAGACAUGGCUGCCCUUCCUGAUGAUCUGUGGCAUUAUUGUCACUGUCACACUCGCCUUCAAAUUGGACCACAGCGGCUGACACCUCAGGGGGAUCUCACUUACCAUCAAAGGGUGCUGCAGGGUAACAGAACACACACACACACAGAGAACAGUGUCACUAUGAGAUGUGUGUGUGUGUAAAUAUCACAUUCAGGGGCAUUCAUAUGAACAUCACUGUAAGUUCACGGCUGUGUCCCAAAUGCUGUGUGUAAAGGAGUGUGUUUAUUUCCCAUAAUGCACUGCGGGUAAUAUUCUAAAGAGAUUUAGUGUCUCUGUGAGGUUUUUUCACCACACAAACAGGGGAGUGUUAAUAAAGCCUUAAAGUAGCUGUAUUAAGACCACUUCAUCACACGCCAGCGUUUGGGACGCAGCCGGAAAGUGUGACUGCACCGGGAUACUUGUGUUAGUGUGGGUUUCUCCCCCAAUAUAAUAUUAUAUAAGGGCCGAAAACAUGUCCAUGAUCUUUUGUUUAAAUUUGUUUCACUCUGUCUGUAAGGAUUUAGUUCUGAUUAUUAAUGACUAUUCUGAACACUGAGUAGAGAUUUAUUUUUAUUUGAACAUGUCACAAGUGCAUUGACUUCAGACGUCAUUUCUACACUCGUUAUUAAUCUGUCUCCUGCUUUACUAACCUGUCACAUGACUCAGCCGUGUCAUGUCUGUGUGUGGUGUAGGAUGUCGGAUGGAAUACAGAAUUCUUUCUCUUUUCUACAUUGUUAAUUUAAUUCUUUAAAAAAAUGUAAAAUUUAAAGUUUGUCAAACUUUUAUAUACUGUGUGUUUGUGUUGAAAUACACUGAUCUCACUGCAACCUCA